UCCCACAGUCUCCGACCUCAUUGUCGAAGGAAUUUGCAAGAACGGCCAAUGCAUCAUUACACCUCCCACUGUUCCCGUGUUGAUGUUUCACGUUCCUGCAGAAGCAUGCGACCAUUUCGUCUCGUCCGUAAACUAUACCGCAAAAGUUGAAACAACCUGCUCCGCAUUCUGCCCAAGGAAAACGACAAAAAGUGUGAAGCGUGGAACGCACUGUGCAUUAAAGACGGCCGGUAGGUGGUGGCCGAGAGUCACCGAAGUCGGCCAAUGCGUUGAUCAACCUGCCUCGAUAAAGUUAACAGGUGCAAGCUGCCAGUGGUUGGUCCGGCGACGCCAUAAUAUUAUCUUGCUUCGCAUAAAUAGUCUAGUGAAUGAUUCCCAUACAGAACACGAUUGUGCGAGCUGGUGACCGCCCCAGACUCUCCGCCGGCACACGAGCAUAUCAAUGAGGACUCGUACAACUGCAGGAUAUCGGACUACGUGACUGUCAUACCUGCCAGUCUCAUCGUGGUGGCUCCCUGCCAAGUUGAAUGCGGCUACAGUGUGUUCGAACAUCGCCUCGACGGUGUUAAAUGCUUGCUUCCGAUCCAUAUGCCUACCUCUGCAAGGGGCCCACGAUUGCGAUAAACAAGAAGCUGAAUGUGUCACUCAAUUGCACUGCGACAUGCUACAACCGAAGCACGAGCACUUGGGUCAAUGCCCGCCUGGGUGAUGGAAGAUUGUGUGCCCUUGUCGUUAACGGAAGCGGUGACGGAGACAUCAUCAAGAGAACUGGGCUCUGUGACAAGGGAUCGUGCGUUCCUGCAGAUACCAAACCGUUGCCGAUCCCUGACGACUGUCCGGCGAAGUACGUGAAAAGAAAAGGAAUUAUGUUGGCUGAAAAGUGCGCGGUUCCUUGUAAAACGACCGGAAAAUAUAGAAAGCUACGAAGUGGCACAAGGUGUUGGCUCAAUUAUCAGCGAAAGGUCACUGUCCCUGGCGUUGACAGCCUCAUUAUUGACGGCGUUUGCAAAAAUGGACACUGCAUCAUAACUCCUCCUGCCGUUCCCUUGUUGAAGAUUGAACUCCCAGCAGAAGGAUGCAGCCAUUUAUUAGCGUCAGUGAAUUAUACGAGAAAAGUUGCGUCCGAGUGCAACGCAUUUUGUCCCGGUCGUGAACCGAAAUACGAACCCCUUCGCAACCGUACCGCUUGUGCUCUGAAAACGUCAUUCGGCUGGUACAAAACAGUUACAGAAGUCGGCGAAUGCAAGGGAGGAAACUGCGUAAAGAAAGACCUCACAGAAUUUCCGCAACCGCAUCGACAGGUCAGCGAUUCGUCGCACGUAUGCAAGAGCGAAAAUUACGCGGUCGUGAAACCAGGCCAGAUUACUGUGGUCGCAUCGUGCCAGGUUGAAUGUAGCUACAGCGUGUUCGAGAGGCGCAGCUACGGAGUCGCUUGCUUGCUGGAGUACAGUGAAACGAAGAAAGGAGAAAAGACGUACACAUUAGGGAUAUGUUCGGGUGGGUUCUGCACUCAUGAUUCGCAACCGCGAAACAUCACAACCCAAGACUGAACGUUAAUGAAAACGGUCAUGAACGAAGAAGGAAAAAUAAAGAGAUACAGUAAAACAA